AUGUCGUCCAUCAAAGAAAAGGACGAGCACUUCGCUCACGUCGACGUCAAGCACUCCGAGGUUCUGGUUGACCAGGACCUCAUGAAUGAUGCCCUCGACGGUGAGAACCGCGAACAUGAGAUGGGCGUGUGGGCUGCCGUCAAGAAGCACCCCUGGGCUUGUUUCUGGGCUUUCACUAUGUGUUUCACUAUCGUUAUGGAAUCUUUCGACAUGUUCCUUAACGGUAACUUCGUUGCUCUCAAAGCUUUCCAACGGGAAUACGGUAUCCAGAUUGGGGAGGACGACUGGACCAUCCCCACAAAAUGGCAGAGUGCUCUUUUUCAAUCGGGUCAAUGCGGUGCUUUCGUGGGUGUGUUCAUGGCCGGUCCUGUCACCAACAAAUGGGGUUACCGCUGGACUACCAUUUUUGCGCUGAUUCUGAUGAAUGCCACCAUUUUCAUUUCCUUUUUUGCCAACUCUCUUACUCUUCUAGUUGUUGGACAAGCUUUGGAAGGUGUGCCAUGGGGAUUCUUUAUUGCAAACUCGCCAGCCUAUGCUAGUGAGAUUGUCCCAUUGUCCCUCCGUGGUGCCUGCACAGCUACUCUGCAAAUGAGUUGGUCUAUCGGUUCAAUCAUUGUCGCCGCUGCCACCUAUGGAUACAACAAGCGUGAUGACCAAUGGGCAUGGCGUGUGCCUCUUGCUCUGCAGUGGAUCUUCCCCACCCCCCUUCUGAUCCUCAUCUUCCUCGCCCCCGAAUCUCCCUGGUGGCUCAUCCGCCGCGGACGCAAGAAGGAAGCCCUCCGUUCUAUCGAGCGUCUCGGCGCCGACUCUUCUGAGCACGCCCAACAAUCCCUGGCCAUGAUGGAACGAACAGUCGAGAUCGAAGCCCAGAUGGGCGGUACCCCAACCCUACUCGACCUCCUCAAGGGAACCGAUCUGCGCCGAACCAUCAUCACCUGCUUGAUGUACGCAUCGCAGAACUUCGCCGGUAACUUGAUCGCCAAUCAAGCCACCUUCUUCUUCGAGCAAGCCGGAAUCUCCCACGACCGCGCUUUCCAACUGAACCUCAUCAACUCCUGCCUCCAAUUCGUUGCAAACGCCAUCUCCUGGUUCUUCACAGCCUGGUUCGGCCGUCGAACAAUCUACCUCUGGGGCACAGCAACAAACGUCACCCUCCUCAUCAUCCUGGGUAUCUGCGCUUCGAUCACCCAAAACAGCGCAACUAGCUAUGCCCAAGCCGUGCUGGGAAUCAUAAUUUCAUUCGUCUUCGCUGGUACCCUCGGACCAAUCUCAUACACCAUCAUUUCCGAGACAUCAUCCGUGCGUCUGCGCGCGCUCAGCACUGGUGUCGGUCGUGCGGCUUACUACGUUGCUGAGAUCCCUAUGAUCUACCUCGCUUCCCAGAUGCUUAAUACUACCGGCUGGAACUUGGCUGGAAAGUGUGGUUAUGUGUGGGGUGGUACUGCUUGUGUCUGCUGGAUGAUGGCUUACUUCUUCUUGCCUGAGCUCAAGGAUCGCUCGUACCGCGAGAGUGAUAUCUUGUUUAACCGCAAGAUUCCCGCGCGCAAGUUUAAGAGUACUAUUAUUGAUGCUCGUGAUAAUGAGUAA